AUGACAAUAUGGAAGCUGUACAAAGCUAAACAAGAAGCUCACGCUGCGCUCAACAAGUUUCUUUUCCAAGCAGAAAACGCGAAAAGAGUGCAGUUGGGAUUAGAUAAGAUACUAACUAGAAAGGAGAGAAUAAAGCGAUUUCUAUCUCCAAUUUAUCCUCCAUGGAGGGAGAAUUUUGUACCGAGUAACUGUUAUGAGCGCAUAUUCAGCAAAGGGACACCAGAAAAUGUAAUUGCUAAACUUAUCCGUAACAUUAUUUUUCUCGAAGUAUUUGGGUGUAUCAUGUAUUUUGUCCUAUCAUAUAAGUACGCUAGUAGACCAGAAAACAUUGCAAUUGUUAUGUCCGUUGUUGUUCAUACUUUUCUUGUUUUCAUGUUUAUAUUCCCAGCCCUUAUGAGCUAUUUUAUGCUAGCUGUGCAUAGAAUGAUCAGCACAAAGAUACGAACCUUACUCCUGCUUCUCAUGAUAUCAAUGUCGUUUGAGGGUCCCGCCAUGAAUGCAGUUAAUAACAUCUAUCGUGUAACUGAAGGCAUUGCUUGCGUGCAAGCAGAUGUCACAUCGUCACUUUUGGACGUAAAAGAAAGGGCAGGAGAUGUGAGAGAGAUGAUCGCCAACAAGAUCCAAUCAUUGGUGGUCAAGAUAGCCGCUCCCAUCAACAAACUGCGAACAAUGUUACGCAAGAUUGAUCAAAAGUUGAGAAGAAUAGCUGAAGCAAUACGGAGACAGUUUCGCGCUCUCUCAGGUUUGACAAAUAUCUGCACUAGUCUUUUGAAGAAACCAUAUGCUAUUUGUAAAAAUGUCUUCGAGAAGAUUUUCAUUGCUUGCGUCUCAAGAGACAAUCUCAUAAGCUUACCAGGCUGUGAAACUAUCAAGAAGUCGAGUUCCGUUCUCCCUUCUCCACCAAACAUGGAUGGUCCUAAUUAUGCUUAUGACAUAACGUUUAUAGAAAAUGGUUACAUAGAGGCAGUACAAAAGAACAGAUGUAUAGGCGUAAGUAAAACAGUAAUAAAAAACGGCUACUUCUAUCUCAUGAAAAAGGCAAUCGGUGUGGGGACGGAAGGUGCUGAAAACGCGCUGUUCUUCCAUAUUGAAACUGCCCAAAAGAUCAUCAAGGGAGCAAAAGCUGCAAAAAAAGAGAUUUCGGACAUACGGCAUAUGAAAAUUCAUUACAAAGCUGCAGAAGAAGGAGCUGAAGAUCUGACUGUGCACAAACAACUUCAAAAAAGCCUUCUACAAGUGAUUCGUGGUUACAUCCUCUUGUUUGAAACAAUGCAUAAUGUCAUCAAAUGGAUCUUCAUUCCUAUCACUUUGUUCUGGCCAUUCAUUUCGACAGCUUUGUUCACAUUCAAGUUCAACUACCGCGAAGAGUAUCAAAAUCAUUAUUUGACAGAGGAGUUUGAAAGAAUUGACUUGGAUAUGCUCUUGAAAGGCAGAACUAAAGCGCUACCACUAAACAAAAACGAAAAGCAGCUGUACAUCCCAAGAUCUUCUUGGAAAAUGACCGCACGUGAAAAAACAUUCUACCAUUUGCGAAUAGUUGUAACAUUGAUAAUGAGUGCUACACCAUUUUGCUUCGUUUGUAUGGAUCAGGCAGUAUAUAUGGUUCUAUCCAACGUGUUUUACUUUACGGGUCUAAUCAAUAUUGAGUAUCCUUCCCACUACGAAGUAAAGGUUUCUGGAAAGGGCCAAGCUGCUGAGCUAAUGAGGACCGUACAAAACACUUUCUCGCCAUUGACAACAGGAAUCAAAGAAAGGGAUGAAAGGCACUUUCUCGAUAAAACGACCCACUACUUUCACCCAUUACGAAUUUUAUACUGA